CCUUCAUCAUGGGUGGAACAAGACACCACCAUCUCCUCUUUGUCCAUGGCCUUCUCCUCCUCCUUCUGGUGUGGUCAUCAACCCACCACAACCACAGCACCCACGCCAUGCCACCACCACCCCCAACUCAAUGUAAUGCAACAGGUUGCAUACUGAGCAACUGCUAUGGCAUAUGGGGUGACCGAAAGGAUUGCUGGGUUCCAAGUAUCAUCACCUACCCAACAACAGAGGAAGAACUCUUAUCUGCAGUUGCCCAUGCCAACCGCAACAAACUCAAGCUCAAAGUGGUGAGUGGUUCACACACCAUCCCAAAACUGGCCUGCCCAGGAGAAAAAUCCUCGUCCUCGCCUGGAAAUGGAAAUGCAGUCCUAAUAAGCACAGCUCUGUAUAAUUCCAGUGUUGUCAUUGAUGUAGCAAAUCUCAGUGUCACAGCUGAUGCAGGAGUCUCACUCCGGCAACUAAUUGAUAAGGUAGAAGAAGCUGGUUUCAGUUUAGUGUCAUCUCCAUAUUGGGAAGGGGCUAGUGUGGCAGGAAUCAUAACCACAGGCUCACAUGGGAGUUCAUGGUGGGGUAAGGGAGGCUCUGUUCAUGAUCAUGUCCUCGCAAUUACUCUUGUAGUUCCUGCCACACAAUCUCAGGGUUACGCUAAAAUUAUCAGACUUGAUGCUCAAGAUCCACUCUUCAAUGCAGCAAUAGUUUCACUGGGAAUGUUAGGCAUUGUCUCAAAGGUAAAGCUCUCUGUAGAACCAAGGUUCAAAAGAAGUAUCACCUUCAAUUUCACGGACGAUGCUCAUUUUGAGGAUGAAUUCAUGGACCAUGCACGGAGACACGAAUUUGCAGAUAUCACCUGGUACGCAUCAAGGCAUACAGCAGUGUACAGGUACGAUGAUCGAGUUCCAUUAAACAGUGCCGGAGAUGGAGUAUAUGACUUUGUUGGGUUCCAGCCUAACCCUGUUUUGGUCUCCAGUACAGUUCGUGCUUCAGAGAAAGCAUUUGAGUCUGCGAAGAAUAUCAAUGGGAAAUGCACAUUGGCAGCUUCAUUUGUGGGAUACAAGAAAUUAAUUGCCAAUGGCCUGAAAAAUAACAACCAAAUCUUCACAGGGUACCCAGUUGUUGGUUAUCAGGGUAAAAUGCAAACUUCUGGUUCCUGUCUAUACUCACCCACGACAGACACAUUGAGUUCAUGUGCUUGGGAUCCCAAAAUCAAAGGGCUCCUCUUCUAUGAAACGACAGCAAUCUUUCCUACUUCAAGGUUUGCAGAUUUCAUUCGUGACAUAAAGAAACUAAGAGACCCGAAACCAGAAAAUUUCUGUGGAUUGGAUAUCUACAACGGAUUUCUGAUACGCUUCAUAAAGGCUUCUGGGGCAUAUCUAGGUCAAAGUGAGGAUUCUGUUGUUGUUGAUUUCAACUACUAUCGAGCUGAUGACGCUUCUACACCAAGGCUGAACCAAGAUGUCUGGGAAGAGGUAGAGCAGAUGGCAUUCUUCAAGUAUGGAGCUAGACCACAUUGGGCCAAGAACAGAAAUCUAGCAUUCGUAGGUGUAAAACAGAAGUAUCCCAAGUACAACAAAUUCCUUGCAGCCAAAAAGCAAUUGGACCCUCAAAACAUAUUUUCUAGUGAUUGGUCAGAUGAUAUACUCUAUGGUAAAGAAGCAGCAAAAGGUGAAGGAUGCGCCUUGGAGGGACAAUGCAUAUGCUCAGAAGAUAGACACUGUAACCCAGGCAAAGGGUAUUUCUGCAAACCAGGCCUUGUUUAUACAGAAGCUCGGGUAUGCAGAUACUCUCCAUCCUCCAUGACCUAAAACAUUCCAGCAGAGUUUGAUGUCUUUGCUAUAGAACUGUUUAAGGAACAAUGAGUUAUGUAAUUGUUUCUGGUGAGAAAAUCAAUCAAAAUAACCAAUUUGGA